GGAGGACCGGGAGUUGGCCGAUUGGCAGGGAGCCCCAGUGCCAGCCGACAGCAAAGCACAGAAGCCAGACCCCCCUAACUGCCAGCCAGGCCGCGCUGCACCUCCCGGGCCGCCCCGCCAGGCUCCCCUCCCAGAGCCCCAGCACCGACACAGACCUGGGCCUUGCAGGGUGGUGGCAGCAGGGCCCAGAGCCCGAGGAAAGUGAGGAGAAGAGAGGCCAAGGCUCUUGUCUGGCCCUCUCGUUCCCAUGGAAACCGCCGGCAUUGAGCAGUGCAGUCUGGGAGAGCGGCCAGUGAGGGGCACUUUCCCCUCCCACCCGGAGCCGCCCACCACGCCCCUGCUGACAGCGAGUCUGCCUUCCAGGCGGGGGUCUACUCCCCCUGGGUCUGGCAGCCCCUCAUCCUUCUGCUCUUUCCAGUGAAGAAACUGGGCGCUCAGCACUAAGCAUUUCCUGAGGGCACCCCAGCUGUCCCCAACCCCCGGAGGCUGCCGGCCCCGAGGACGGCACCCCCCUUCCCAGGGCAGCAGAGAUGACUGCAGUGAGCCUGCCCCACUGCCUGCCUUCUACACACCUGCUCCUGUGGGCCACCAAGGGUGUCAUUCAGCCUGGCAAACCGUCCCAGAUCAGCAUAGACAGCCCCUCCUCCAGGAAGCCCUGCCUGCCCGCCCCUCCUCACCUUCUCUCUACCCUUCUCCCCGCUGCCGUGGAUGCACAUGGUCUUCCUGGCUCCUCCGAUCUCGCCUCCGGCAGCCUCGGGUGUCAGGGCCCCCGGCCCUGGAGAAAGAGGCCUGAGCCUCUCACCGGCUUUGUCUCCGCACUGGCCCAGGGAGGUCACCCCUUGCCACCAUCUCACACUUGCUGUUCAGUGCCCUGCUUCUUGACACGUAGUGGGAUUGGACUGUUUGGGGCUCAGGGUGGGUCGGUGGACAGAUGCCUCACUCCUGGGUGGUGGGUGAGGACAGAAGCUGCUGGACUCACUGGCGGAGACGUGGGACUUCUUCUUCGGCGACGUGCUGCCCACGCUGCAGGCCGUCUUCUAUCCGGUGCAGGGCAAGGAGCCGUCCGUGCGCCAGCUGGCCCUGCUGCACUUCCGGAACACCAUCACCCUCAGCGUGAAGCUGGAGGAGGCGCUGGCCCGCGCCCACGCCCGCGUGCCUCCCGCCAUCGUGCAGAUGCUGCUGGUGCUCCAGGGUGUACACGAGUCCCGGGGUGUGACCAAGGACUACCUGCGCCUGGAGACGCUGAUCCAGAAGGUGGUGUCGCCCUACCUGGGCACCUACGGCCUCUACUCCGGCGAGGGCUCCUUCUCACACUCCUGCAUCCUGGAGAAACACUUCCUGCGCCGCGCCCGCUCCGGGGACAUCCUGGCCAAGAACCCGGUGGUACGCUCCAAGAGCUACAACACACCGCUGCUGAACCCUGUGGCGGAGCACGAGGCGGAGGGUGUGGCGGCCGGAGGCACCAGCAUCCGCAGGCACUCGGUCUCCGAGAUGACGUCCUGCCCGGACGCGCAGGGCCAGGGCCCUGCAGGGGACUUCACGCCCUCCCCGGGCCUGCAGCCGGGGCCCUGCCCCAGCAGACUGUACCCGGAUUGCACGCAGUCCCCCGAGGCCGGCCCUGCCUGCGGCUCCCCACCUUCCUCCAGCCCAGAGAACCUGGUGGACCAGGUCCUGGAGUCCGUGGACUCGGACUCCGAAGGCAUCUUCAUUGACUUUAGCCGGCGCAGUGGGCCUGGCGCCUCCAAGCUGGAGGGGGACAGGGGCCGCCAGAGCAUUGUGUGAGGUCCUGGCGUUUUUACUGAGCCCAAGUGCGAGCCUGUG